AGAAUGGUCAAAAUCAUUUGACAAGUUCGAUGUCGUCCUGAAGUUUAGCCAAUACGCAGGGGUGUGUGGACUUCUAUCUCAAACGCAAAAGCGUCCGCGUAAUGCGGGUAUCGAUCUUAAAAUGCUUUAACCAAGGCAGAACCUGCGACGAGUGGCGACCUACAACCCACAACGGAUGAGUUAUUCAAGUUGGUCGAACGGUUCCGAGUCCUGGUCAUCGGCAACUGGUGUAGGGAAAUCUUCCCUUAUCAACGAAUGCUUCGGCGUCAAGGAUGCUACCGUGGCUCAUUCAAAGGCUGGCGUGUCAAAUAUCAAUACUCCAAUUAUAGCCAGCGAAAACAGAAGAUUUGUUCUACACGACAGUCAGGGCUUCGAGCAUGGGGAGGGUGACAACUUCAAGAAAGUCGUUUAUUUUUUGAAAGCUCGGAAGGACAUGCCCAAUGUGAGGGAUCAGGUACAUGCUGUCUGGCUUUGUUUCCAAGUAUCCUUGUCUGAAGGUGAUCGUUUGUUCGAGGCUGGGGUGGAAGAGUUAUUCCGUAUGAAGUCCAAAGGAGAACUUGGCCCCGCUACUAAAGGAUACAAAGAUACCAGAAAGAUGUUGAACGAGCUUGUCCGUCUCACUACUGACUAUGUUAAAAACACCCUGGCGGUCGACGUUGCUGGAGAUGUUGCACUAGUCUCUGCCAUUGCUCAACGCGUGAAUCCAGCUGUGAAGAUUGAUGCGGUGAUUGCAGUUGGGAAGAAGCGUUAUUGGAUGGGUCUCGCGGCUAGCGCGAAAUUUCUGGGCAACACUAUAGAAGAAUGUCAACGGGUUCUACAUACUGAUAUCGUUCAAGUGUGGAACAUUCAGGAUGAUUGUGGGGCAAGGCGUGACGUUAUCAUUUGAUUCCCUGUGUACUUACUUUGUUGUCUGGAUGCAUGUGCCAUAAUCCGAAC